AUGUCCGUGACUGUGUCGAGUAGCACCGUGGUCUCACCGCUGUGGGCAGCAGCUGAAGCCACAAGCCUGCCCGAGACAAUUCCUGUACACGAAGCGGGCAUUUUUCUUUCGUUUCAGCUCACGGGAGAAAAACGUGGUGCCACCGCCGACGAGUUCACCUUUGUGGCCUUCCACCCUGUCGAUGAGACCUGCUUUGUGUUUGGCACGGCCUCCGGCAAGGCGUACGGCGUGUCGUUACAAGACAACAAGGUGUUCCUGCUGGCAGACCUCGGUAGCGGGGCGCUUCGGUGCGGCAUCUUCUGCCCUGGUUAUCUCACGAGCCCCAUCGUCGUGUUGGUGAAGACGGGUAAUUGGUUGGUCUUUGUGGACUGGCAGCGUGGAACGGUGGUGCAGGAGACGGUGAUGGCUGCACACACGCAACCGAUUCUACGCCUCAUCACAGGACCGUCGACGGAGUCGUUGUUCUGCGCCGUCAGUGCUGAUGCGUUCUCGUGUUGGGAGCCUGUCGUCGCAGGGGUCGGGGUGUCGCAUCUGGAUGUGCAGCACCGCGGGUUCGUUGAUGUGCAGGGAAUUGAGACGAAGGCGCCGACUCCGAAUGCGGCCGCGGCGCCCGUGAAAGGCGACCAAAGGAGCGAAACACCUUUUUACACCUGCACCGGUAGCGCAGUGCCAACGCACGGCACACUGGAACGGUUGCAGGAGCUGACGAAGGUGCCUGUCCAACGGCAGGGCAAAAACGCACAGCGCUUUGUGGGUCUGCAUGUUCUCGAUCCGUCGCUGCUGCUCUCCGUCGAGUCGAACAACGUCCUUUCACUGUGGAAGCGUCGCACCAACUUGAGUGGGGUUCCAGUGGUUCCUGACUCCCGGUCGGACAGCUCUCGCACAGCAGAUGUAGCCAAUGGCACCUCGGUGGCUCCGCUGGAGGCGAGACUGCAGCUGCGUGAAAGUGUUGCUGCUCCGUCGACGCUGCGCCUGCGGUGCUCUGCGACGUGCGGGCUCCUCCUCGCUGUUGGUGCAGACGCCGUUACCACGUCGAAGCAAGGCACCGUCGUGGAGCCCGUUGUGGCCUUUAUCGACGCCCACACAUUGGCGGGAAGCGGUGUGGUGCAGCUGCCGGGAAACGGCUACAACAGUGGCAAGGCUGCCGUGACCGUGGUGCAAGUGAGUGCUCUUCAAUCGGACCUUGUCGCGUGUCUUCUGAGCAGUGGAGUGGUGCAUGUGGUACUGCCGAGCACCUAUCACCUGGUCUUUACCAUUCAGCCCCCUUCCGCCUUUCCGGGAAAUGAUGCCUUGCUUCGCUCCUUACCUCCUUCUUCUGCCUCGUGGUCUCGCAAGUGGUGGAGUUUCACGCCCUCAGGACCGACGUUUGGUGCGAGGUACCGAAAUAACGCUCUGGUGCUGCUGCACCUACCAACCGCGCGGAAGGAGGCGGCCGCGGGCAACAGAAGCCUCGCACAGAAACCGACGUCGCCAACGAUGCGCAGGUCACAUAGCAUUUUACAGCGCCGCCAAAACAGUCCAGUGAAGAUUGACAACGUCAACAACACGAGAGACAGCGCAAGACCUGCGUCGCCGGUCGUUUCCCCACAAACUGCCGUGGCCUCCUCACCCUUGACACUGGCACAGCCGUUCCUGCGUCAUCGUCCCACUUCAAAGCCGUCGGCAGGGGCAUCCGCGGGGACCUACAACGGCGCCGACUUUCCUUCCUCCGCUUCACAGAUGGGUGGGGCCGGGGAAACGGUGGCGGAGGUGGCGGCUGCGUUGCUGGUCCUCGCCACGUGCCACCCACCUCCUGCGGUACCCCCAAAAGGUUUUCCGACAAAGUGGGUCGAUGUGAAUCUUGUGGAUGUGGGCUUCGCCGACGCCGACGGGCUUGCAGGCGGCGGGGACGCUUCCGAGAAGACCAACGAAGCCAGUAGCGAUCCUGCCGCCGGGCGCCAAAUGUCGGAGCAAGAUCUGUGGUCCGAGGCCAAGUUCUGUGAUACGCUGCCUGCGGUCUCAUGCCAGUACAACCUCGAGCAGCUGCGCGCGCACCUUAUGAAGCAUGGAGUGUUUCCCCACGCCUACCGUCCUCUCAUCUGGCGGUUUCUUGUGGGACUGCCGACAAAGGCAAGGACGGCGUCGCAGUUUGCGGCCGUCGCGCGGCGGCCCCUGCACGUCGCGGUGGGUCCUCUCAUGAAGCCGUUCCCCUUACCUCCUAACCAAACACGGCAGGCGAUCGAGAAGGCGGUGUCGUGUCUGUGCUGGGCGUCGCCGGUGCUGACGCUCGCGUCUUACCUACCGGUGCUGGUCUACCCGCUAGUGGUGCUCUACCGCAACGAUGUGCAGGCCGUCGUGGAGCUGGCGCUGCUAUUUUUUGCGAACUGGGGAAGAGAUUUCUUUGUGUGCCACCCACUCGGUCCAAUGUCGGUGCUGACGACAAUGGAGCGCGAACUUGAUCGACUGGAUGCGGACGUAAGUCGGCACUUGAAGGCAGUAGGGGCUGGAGUGGAGGUGUGGGGAUGGGAGCUGAUGACAUCCUUUUUCACUGAUGUGCUGACCGGGCCGGAGUGGCUGCAGGUGAUGGACCACGCGUUCGCAGCGUCGCCGAUGUGGCUUUUCGCCUUCCACGUCACACUGGUGCGCCGUCGACUGCGCGCGUCUCUCAUGGCUGCUGUCAGCGCCGACGAGGUACGGCGCGUUCUGAGUCAACCAGCCGGCACGGGCGCCACGCACUCUUCCUUACUGUCCUUGAAGGAGGUGGUCGAGGAAAGCUACCGACUGCACGCUGUGUGGGCCAAGCGUAACGAAGAUAGUGCUGCGGUGGAGCUGCUCCCCUCCUCCUACGCCAAACUCCAAACCUUGUCCCCGCGCUUCGAGUACCCAGAAGGUCCCGUGCACAAUCCAGUUGUGCUGGCCGAGAAGAUGCGUGAGUUAGCACUGGUACAGCGCAGCCAACACGAGGAGGCGGAAGCGGCAAAGCGCUACGCAGCGGUGCACAAAGAGGCCGAGGCCGCCGCGGCGAAGGAAGCGGCGUUUGUGCAGCAACAACGCGCGCGUGUCGCCGCGAAGUACGACGCCUCCGCCACUGCGUGGGAGGUGCAGGUGGCGCUGGAACGGUCACGACAGGCGCAGGAGGCGCAGGAGCGGCAGCUGCGGUGGGACGUGCUGCAGCGGCGUACCCGCAACGCCGAGCAGUUGCAGGCGCUGAGCACGGAGAUGAACACGAUCGAGUCGCAGCUCCGGCACGACAUGGUGGACCGUCACAUGGAGCAGCUGAAGUGGGGCCUCGCCACGCACAUGACGGACGAGGAACUCUCCCGGCUGCAGCGAGCAGCGGAGGAGCAGGUGGAGCGGGCAAUGCGGCACAUGGAGGAGAAUGCGGAGAUCCAGGCAAGAGAAGUGGCUCGAUUCCAGGCGGAGCCAGCCGUCACGGUGGACGUUGCGGAUGCUGCAGACGGGGACGAUACGGUGAGCAAGAGCGCGGAACAAGAGGAAGUGAAGGAGCCGAGGUUCUCUGAUUUGCAGUCUGGCAAGGACAGCAGCACGCUCGCAACGAAGUCCACACUCGGGGAGCACGUAGAUCCUCUGCAGCAAGACGACGAGGGCACAACAUCUGACUCUGGCGCUGACGCGGAAGUCAAGGAAAGCGUCCAGCGCCAUGCGGCCAAGGGCGCACCCAAAGCGCGUUCGCUUCAUUGUCCUGAGCAAACACGCGUUAAAUUGCUGCCAACUACUUCGGCAACUGACUCGUCAUCGGUGGCGCCGAAUCAUGAGACCGCUCCCGUUGAGGCGCCUCGUGCCGCAGAUGCUUCCAUUUUGUCAGAGGAGGCGGGGACCGAGUCUGCAGGAGCCAACACGACGUCGUUGUCCGCCACCACGGAAGCCUACGUCUCUCCAUCGAAGGAAACGCAGCCGACGACCCUGCGCGGUAUGCAUUAUCCAGCCCGGCGGCCCGGGCAACCUGUUCCUCGGCACGCGUCUUACCGAACGUCCACUGGCAGCGACAACAGCAAGAACUCCGAUCCGACCUUGGAGAGCUUCGUGGAGCUGCGCAACCGUGUCUUGCGGCGACUGCAGCCAUCAAUCGACGUGAACGCCAUUCGCAGUGAAACGGACGCCUCCAAGAGGCGCCACCAAACAUCUCCCGAACAACGAGGCGACCGACGAAGCUCGACGAGAACCCACGACACUCCCACGUUCUCCUCCGUAUCCUACUACACCACAAGCACGUACGAGAGUCGGACCAGCACCAGCACGACGGAGACCACCACCCACCCCGCAUCUUCGAAAACAGCAUCGUCAUCUGGGCGUCGCCUGUUUGAUGACGCACCUCGCCGUGACUAUGCAGCGCACACGAAAGGCGAUGACUGUCACGUGUCGCACAGUGGACGGCAGCGCAGUGCACCAAAGGCCCCGCGACACCCCACGGCAUACGCGGCUACUACGUCCACUGCAACAGCUUCCGCUUCACGCAGCACCAGUGGUGAGAACACAUCUCCCUCCUUGUUUUAUUCUGAUUACAGCGAGGGGCGCUCAAAAGAGACAGCGUCCACCGCUGCGUCGUUUCCUCGCUCCUCGACGUUGUAUUCCGAUUCCACUUCGUGA